AUGCAACCCCCGCCGGUGGACAUCCCUCCUGCAGCAUCGAGUUCUCCUACACCCGAUAUGGCGGCUGAGGAGGUGGAGCGAGAGCGUGGUUACACGGCUCUCACCAGGUUUACGAAGUUCCACCCACCCACGUUUGAUGGAGAAGUGAUUGAUCCUUGGACAGUGGAGACUUGGUUAGCCUCAAUGGAGACGCUGUUCGAGGACAUCUACACCAAGGAGCGGGAUAAGGUGAAUUUGGCCGCGCAUUGCUUCGAUAAGCGGGCCAGAGUGUGGUGGAAGAGUGUGAAGCAGGACCGUUCUUCGGAUCUUCCCCCGAUUAAUUGGGAGGAGUUCCGAAGGUUGAUGUUUGCGGAGUACUUCCCCGACAGUAAUAAAAGGAAGAUAAGAGAGGACUUCAGAAAGCUCAAGCAGGGUAAUCGCACGGUUCGGGAGUAUGAGCGGGAGUUCACCCAUCUCCUGAACUGCGUCCCGGAUGUGGCGAGGACGGAGCAAGAUCGGGGGGAUUGCUUCGUGAGGGGACUCCGGCCCUGGGUGUUCCGACUAGUUCAUGCUUUCAAGUUCCAUACCUUUGCGGAGGUGCUGGAUCGUGCUCUGUGGGUUGAGCACGGGAACGCUUGUGAGCGAGAGGAGCGCGAGAUAUUUGACAAAGAGAAGGGGAAGAAGCGACAGGGCGGUGGCUCGGGAGGACAAACAAGCUCUAAGAAGCCUCCGAAGUACCCUCGGACCCAGACGGGGGAUCGUAGGGCGCAGAGAUGCGUUAUUUCCGGUGGGGGCCACAGAGCGUCGCAAUGUAGGCAGCGGCAGGGAAAAUGUUACACUUGCGGCCAAGAUGGGCAUAUCUGCCGCAAUUGCCCGACGAGGGUCCCACCGGCUUUAUCAGUUGCAUCAGCUCCGGCGACCCCAGCGCAUUAUGGAGGAGCUCCGUCUACAGUCGUGACUGCUGGACGUGCUUUGGCGCCACGUCCACCCGAGAUGACGAGGUUAGCUCCGAGCGGACGGGUGUUCGCCGCUUAA